GUAACGAGUACUCGAAUACCGAAUAGUUACUUUUUCAGCACCUCUAGUUUGCUGUCAAAAGUGGCAUUUGUCAAGUAACGUCAACAAACGCGACUGACGACGAAUCAAUCGACAAAUACCUAUACACCUACAUAAAAAAUUAAAACGAAUUGUCCACCCGCACCCGCAAGUAUACAAUGAAAAAUGGCAGAACCUGAAUUGAACGUAGACAAUUUAAUCCAGAGGCUACUGGAAGUGCGAGGAUGCCGCCCCGGAAAGUCUGUACACAUGACCGAGGCGGAGGUAAGAGGUCUGUGCCUGAAAUCUAGAGAGAUUUUCCUACAACAGCCGAUUCUGCUCGAGCUGGAGGCCCCUUUGAAGAUCUGCGGCGACAUCCACGGACAGUACACCGAUCUGCUUAGGUUGUUUGAGUAUGGGGGCUUUCCCCCUGAAGCAAACUAUCUAUUCUUAGGGGACUAUGUGGAUCGUGGAAAACAAUCUCUCGAAACCAUUUGCUUACUGCUUGCCUAUAAAAUUAAGUAUCCCGAGAAUUUCUUCCUUCUACGGGGCAACCACGAGUGUGCUUCAAUAAAUCGAAUAUAUGGGUUUUAUGAUGAAUGCAAAAGGAGGUUCAACAUCAAAUUGUGGAAGACCUUCACAGAUUGCUUUAACUGCUUGCCUAUAGCUGCUAUUAUCGACGAAAAGAUAUUCUGUUGCCAUGGAGGACUCAGUCCUGAUUUGCAAGGUAUGGAGCAGAUAAGACGAAUAAUGCGUCCAACAGACGUCCCAGACACUGGCCUACUUUGUGACCUGCUGUGGUCUGAUCCUGACAAAGACGUGCAAGGAUGGGGCGAGAACGAUCGUGGUGUUUCUUUCACUUUUGGUGCAGACGUCGUCAGCAAGUUUCUGAACAGACACGAUCUUGAUUUGAUUUGCAGAGCUCAUCAGGUGGUGGAAGAUGGCUACGAAUUCUUCGCCAAACGGCAGUUGGUCACCUUGUUCUCUGCUCCAAACUAUUGUGGCGAGUUCGACAACGCAGGAGGCAUGAUGAGUGUCGACGAGACUUUGAUGUGCUCCUUCCAGAUACUCAAGCCUUCAGAGAAAAAGGCCAAGUACCAGUAUCAGGGUCUGAACUCGGGCAGACCAGCUACACCCCAGCGAAAUCCGAUGAAUAAAAAGAAAUAGUACGAGCACUGAACGAAUGGACCAAGAAGGAGUCGACAACGUAAAACGGUGGGCGGAGCUUUGCGACGAAUCGGAUGGCUAUUCGUGGAACUCAUUGGUGUCAAAGGCGAUCCUUGAAAAGUUUCGGUAAACAUUAUUCGUUUGAAUCGAUUCAAUAGUCAUAACGCUUAAACAUGAACCACAUAUUUGAUAUAUUUACAUAUAUGUGUUGCAACAUUCUUCUUCAAAAGCUCAUAGAAUUUUCCAGUCACUAAGGGAACAUGACAUGACACAUUCAGAUGACUGUUAUUUGACCCUUACUUCAUUGGAAUGUUUUUUUUUAUUUUCAGCUUUGUUUACUAAUCGAAAUUAUGCGGCAUGUGAAUAGAAUUAUGACGUAUAAUAAGAAGAGUUUUCAAGGAUUGUCUUUUUGACAGAUAUAUUGCUUCAGCUAGCAAUUUUAAUAUCAGUAAGAAUGUCCUAUAUUGUGAUUGGAUAGAUCUGAAAAUUAAGAGAAAAUAUUUUUGUAGUUGACAUUUCUUGAGCAUCAUUUAUUAAAAUGCGUAACACGAGAUAUUUUCAUUUUUUUUUUUGGAUUCUGAUAAGUAGUUUUUAAUUGUCAUUUUGCUGAAGCAAUAUUCUAAAAUAAUUUGAAAAAACUUGUGAGUAGUGGUUUGUUGCAGAAUUUCGCCCAGGGUUUCAUAACAAUGCACUUUCACAAAAUAGAACUAAGUCAAAUCACUAUCUUUUGACUACAAUUAUAUUGACUAGUUAUUUACAAAAUUUAUUUAUUUAUAGGUUGUUUGAUUAUCUCCACGUACUAUUCUGUUAUAUUUUCAAUUGUUAAAAACAAUGUAUGAGGAAAUGUGACACUUGUAGGUAGUGAAGGAAUUAUUUGCAAACAUGAAAGUGACACUUGUAGGUAGUGAAGGAAUUAUUUGCAAACAUGAAAAUGACCAAAGGACAUUCCAAAACAUGAUUUUUGUGUGUGUGUGAUUGGUUACAAAAAUAGAUGCACAAAGAAACUCAUUCUGUGGUUUUUAUGCUGAUAGAACGCCAUGUACUUUGAAAAAGACCAUAGUGGUAGCCAAACAAACAUGAAGCUCUAUAGAAGCAUGAACUUUCAGAAAUGUGUUUGGCCCAUUUUGCCUCUGAUUUAAAAUCUGCUAAUGCUUUUAUUAUUUGUAAAUUUUUGUGCAUCUAUUGUAUUCACUGAUCACAUGAUGGACAUGUUCCAUCAAGUGAGAGCAUCUCCAGACUACACAUUUCUUGGAUUCGCAAAUAUUUCUUUCAUGUGUUUUCACACUAUGUUCUUAACUACUGCUUAAUUGUCACAGUGAAAUAUACAAAUUGUUAAUUAAAGUUAGUUACAUGGAAAACGUGAUUUUUUUCAAUGCGAAUAACAGAAAGCUAGUUAUUUCCUAGUACUUACUUCAUUAAAAAAAUCUAUUAAAUCUUGUUUUCUUUGGGAUUGCUCAAUAGUUGCUUCUCUUAUGAAAAAUCUUGCAAGUUUCCUAAAUCCUUGUAUUCGAUCUUCAGAUCAUGUAUAAAAAUAAAAUUGUAUAGGCUUUAUGUUUACAGAAGUGUUAAGCCACGUUGUCAAAGACUAAAAACGAUAUUCUAAUGAAUUGCAAUUUCUACUGAUCUCAAUGUAUCAUUCUAUUUUGUCAAAAUGCUAAGUCAGAUUGAAUGUUCGGUGUCAUUCUGGAUAUCAUUUCCAGUCCACCGAACAAAAUACAUAACUUGUCACUUAUGUUUUAUGAUAGUUGUUGAUAAGAGAUAUUGCAGUUAACAGAUAUAGUUAUUCAUAUAAUUAAAAGGAAUAUAUUUACAUAUCGAAUUAAGUAAAGUUUUACUGACUGACUUUGUGCAUAUUAUUACUCUCAACAAUAAUACUGCUACAAAUUGACACCGAUGUCAGAAUAAUGAUGUCAAAAAAGAGUACGAAUUUUUUAUUUCAAGGCUUUCAAAAAAUAUCUUUGAGCCACUAUAUUAUGCAGCGUGUAAAAAAUAUGUUAGGCCUAGUCCGCCCUUGACGAUAAAACGAGUUAAUCGUUUUCUAGGGGUAUCUUUAUGAUGUGUGGCCCUAAUUGUUCAUAAUUUUCUUGAAUUCCUCAAAAGCUAUUUAAGAAAAACCGAUAUCCAGUGUCAGCCUAAGAACUUUUUAUAUGAACUCACAUUGUCUUUUUAGUGUUUUAAGUAUUAACAUAUUGAUCGCCGUUUCAGUCACUGGUGACUGACACUGAACUAUUCCAAUGGUGCAAUGUCACACACCAGGAGUCUGUAUACUUUCGUAUUAUUUAGUGCUGUCAGUCAUGGGUUCUGUGAUAGAUUCUAUUAGGUUUUCCUGACUACCAAUGAAUCGAAAUAAAUUAAAUAUUCAUAUCCUUGAGUUUCUUAAUCUGGCGUUCAAUGUGUUAUAUUUUUUCACACUCCUUAUAAUAGAGAUGGAUGUCUGGAAGUCAUAGCAUGUCCGUCAAAAUUAGUGAUGCGUCAUAAUAGGUACAUUUGUUUCUUGUAUAUCUGAUGUUGGUAACUGCAGUUUCUCUCCAAUAAAAUGCAUUUCUGUUAGAUUGUAACUGACGACCUAAAAUAACGAAAUCGAAUUAAUCCUACCUUGCACAUUUAUAUUUUAUGCAGCUUCACAGAUAAUAGUUAUUAGUUUUUAACUAUUCUAGCAGUUCAACUGGCGGUUGUAACAUUUGUUUCAAGUCUAAAAACAUUUGAUUGAAAAUCUAUGGAUAUUAUCUGGUCGAUCUAGACAAUUGAGUGAUUACUUUCACCAGUUAUUUCAGGAAAUAAUGUUUUGUCAUAAAUUAUUUGCACUGACUGCCCUUUUGAAGUAUACCGUACAUUAAUAAUGACCAUAUUUAAAACAUGACUAGUUGACCAAAGAAUCGAGCUGUUCCGUGCGUUAACGCUGCUCUGUGCCAAGAGAGGGGGCAAUACACUGCGCAGGAAAUGAAUUUCAGGUUCUGCGCACGUGACAUCUCAAUCUCAUAACUAACUCUCUCCCUCUCCGUUGCUGAGCAUCAUGAAAGUAAACAACUCCAUUUUUGACGGUUCAAACGAGUUACAAGCAAAAAAUAUAAUAAAACAACGAAGUAUGGCAAAACGUGAGUUGAAAUGCCAAACCUUGGCAAUCAGGAUUUUGUGAUGUGCGUGAUAUGUCGCUCUUUGUUUGCGUUAGUAACUAGAUCAACAACUUGAUUGACAUAAAAAUUGCGGCAGGUUAUGAUGACAUUUUUCACGUGCAUCUGUAUAAAUGCGCAGACGCUCUCCGCGCACUAGGUUUCCGAAAGCCAUGCCCUCUUUAUCGACAGUAUUGGCUUCAUACGAAUACCUGUCUUUCCAGUUUCAACUCUCAUUCUGCCCUUCGUGAUUAGGGCCUACAGCAGCGCUAGUGACCACGAGGUAAACAUGGACACAGCGCUGUGCGAAUGUCUAAUAUAGCGCGCGGUGUAAACUGCCUGGUACUCGGACAUGAGCUAAUUCACGAAAGAACAAGACUCUGCGAUUCGCUGCCCGUGAUGUUAAAAUCUUUGCUUAAUACGUUGAAGUCUAGGAAAAGUAUUUCUCUUUGUAUUUAAACUUGGCCUAAUAAUCAUGGGCGCCAGCAGGAGCGUGGGGGGGGGGUCGUGGCUACCCUUGAGAAUUUUGUUGGACAUUAAAAUUUUGGGCAUUUGUCCGCAGUAAGAAAAUUUGCUAAUAUCCGCACAUGAGAAAGUUUUUGGGGCAGCCUCACUUUCACAAAAAGUAAUCUCUUGCCGAUGAUCGCUCUCCCCCUUGAGACAAAUUCCUGUGGGUGCCAAUCUUAACAAUCGCCAUUUGGCUAAUAAUCGUUUUCGUUGCGUGAUGUUUUUGCAGUUUCUUAUUUAAUUUUGGUGUUUAGGUGACUACUUUUUUAUAUAUGUUUGUACAAUUUGAUUUUGAUUACAAUAACGAAAAAAAUAAUAAAAAACAGUAUUAUUUUAUUGCAAUAAACAAUAACUAAAUGUGCUUUAAUAAUAUUAGGCGUAUCCUAAAACCCUCCUGGUUCCAAUGAUAUUGGGAGAUAUUGUGAACAAUUGUACAAGUAUUGUAUUAAAACAUGAUUUAUAAUGGUGUCAUAUUAUAGUAUUAUGCUUGUAUUUUACUACUACUUUAAAAAUCUGUAAUGUUUCAAUCAUUGCUUUAUCAUCUUCAUUCAUAAACUCAUUGAUUUUAUUGUAUUAAACCCAUUUGUUUUUUGAAAGAUACACAUUAAUAUCCACCAGUAUUUUUGGAACACACCCUAGGUGCCUCAGAUUUUAUGUGACAGAAGGGUAUUGUAAAUUAAGUGGUGACUAAAACAUAUGGAUCUAUUUUACUACAAAUAUAUGUACUGUCACAUUUUCUGAGGUACUUACAGGCUUGAAUGACACAUCAACUUUUUCAAAAUGUAUGUUACUAUGUAUUACUCAUUAUUGUAGAAUAGAGGUGUAAAUAAAAUUAUAUUUGCCAAA